CGUGAGCGCGCAUCACUUCCUGUGCAUGCUGGGCGCUUUCAACUCCGACAGGGAAACCGUUGGACUCGACAAAGUCAUAUAAAUAGGCAGGAGUUACGGAAUAUCUGAGUGAAUAGACCACCAAACCAUCCGAGUUUAAUCAGCAUUUCGCUUAGUACUGGUGGACUGGUUCAAUUGCAUUUCUUCAGACACUGACUCUUGUCAUUGGACCAGCUGGCGUUGGACAGGGUGUUGGACCCUCCCCCUGCACGGCGACAGAAUGAGACAAUAGCUGGGGGUGUUGGAUGUCAUCCCUCCCCCCUCCUCUUUGUUUCCCCCUCCUACAUAUCUAAGACGCAUAUACAUACAUACAUACUUAACAAAACAGUACCCUGGACCUCUGGGGGCCCCAUGCUUUAUUUUGUAGGGGCCAUGAGACUUUUACAGGGCUGCUGCUGUUGAGAACCCUCUGGGAACAAAACAGUCCAUUUCCUUCCAGCAAGUCAACGCGUCCUUCCAGUUCCUACGGCUUUGGUGGAGCUUGACGGAAGCUCAGUAGAUCAUUGAAUCAUGAAAACACCAGAGGACCACUGGGAGUUUCCAUUUAAAGUUGUAUAUUAAUAGGCUAAAGACUGCCAGUGAGCAAAGCAAAUCUAAUUCAACCUGCAGCAGGUCUGAAUGUCUGUUAGAAUAAAUGAUACCUCUCCUUAGCCAUUUAAUUCAUCUGAAGUGCCUUAUAUUCCAUUGAACUGUUGUUUACCUCUACUCCACAUAUCUGAUCCAAUCCUUGAAAAGAUUAAUUUGUUUACAUCUCCAGGCCUUAUAGCUUUCUGAGACAUAUCUGUUUUAUUUGUUUCUUGUGUUUGCAUGCAUAAGAGUCACAGUCUGAAGUAUCUGAGAUACAAGGAAUGAGACCACCGUAGAGUUCAGUUCCUCAAACUUAUCAAACCUAAAUUUAUUCAGACUGUUCAUCUGACUCUCAAACGUGGUGCACUACUUCCACUGAAAGGUUUCGUCACCAUGUACACGCUGCAGUCCAAAUGGCGUUACCUGAUCAUGUUCUUGGGCGUCCAGUUAGUGGUCAUGGCUCUUCUUUCCAGAGAGGGCUACCAGAAAAGAGUGUCAUAUUUUUUCCGGAUUUUCCGUAAGCCGGAUUCUACGAUGGGACAUUCAGUCGGUGGACGCAACCACACGGAUGUGUAUGCCAACCUUUCCCUUUUAGGCCCUGCUGUUAGUAAAGAGGACAUGCCCUACUGCCCCAAGCAGUCACCUCUGAUUGGUGGACCAAUUCAUGUCACUUUCCCCUCUCGGCUUAAGCUUGCCGAGGUUGAGAGGAAGAAUCCGCUUGUUGUUCGUGGGGGGCGCUACAGGCCACCAAACUGUGAGGCACGUCAUCGCACUGCAGUAAUCAUUCCCCACAGAAAUAGGGAGCACCACCUCAAGUUCCUCCUCUACUAUCUGCAUCCCUUCCUACAGCGACAGCAGCUCAGCUAUGGCAUCUAUGUCAUUCACCAGGCUGGUAAUUACACCUUUAACCGAGCAAAGCUGAUGAACGUGGGAUUUCGUGAGGCCAUGAGGGAGGAGGAUUGGGACUGUCUCUUCUUUCAUGAUGUAGACCUUAUUCCCGAAGACGACCGUAACACCUACGUCUGCGACGCUCACCCCAAACACGCCGCCAUUGCCAUGGACAAAUUUGGCUACAAACUGCCUUAUAAGAUGUAUUUUGGAGGAGUGUCAGCUCUGACCCCUGAUCAGUACCUCAAGAUGAAUGGUUUUCCAAACAAUUACUGGGGCUGGGGUGGUGAGGACGACGAUAUCGGCGUCAGGGUCUCUCUUGGAGGAAUGCUGAUCAGUCGUCCAUCUCUAAAAGUGGGCCGAUAUAAAAUGAUCAAACACAAGCAUGACAAAGGCAAUGAAGAGAAUCCAAAAAGGUUUAACAUGUUGGCUAAGACCCGGCACACAUGGAAAAAUGAUGGUAUGAAUACGGUGGAAUAUGAGAUCGUGUCCCGGGAUUAUCAACCUCUUUACACCAACAUUACGGUCAACAUCGGCACCGAGGCAGGGCUGCACCCGACCAAAAAAAAGAGGCACAAGUCCUAGCGCCAAUGCCGCACUGCCUGCAGACCACUCGCCCACAUGCACAUGGCCAGUGAAUUCACGGGACAUCAUGCCUUUACUGCACCACAGACUUUUCUGCUGUAAUGGUGGACCCAUCUAGUGGUACCAUGAUUCUCUGCCCUUUCUCUCUCUCUCUCUCUCUCUCUAUUUCUUUCUCCAAAGUUUGACAUUUUGAUCCUGUGCUCACUGGUUCACGUUAUCAGUCAGGAUGCUGCAGAAACUUCAUUAACUGGUCCAUAUACUGACCGCUUCGCAGAAUCCGUAACGAACCACUCUGCAGGAAGGAUGUGUUUCCUGACGGACAGACUGUUCAUACAUCCUCUGUGCCAGUGGGCACCAUUUUAAAAACCUCUGUUGCCUUAGAGUCAAGCUGCAAUCUCUCUUUACAUUUCUUUCAUGACGAUUGAAACGUAGGUUCGGCCUCUUGUAGUAGGGUGAGGACGAGGGUAAAAUUCGUUUAAUGCCAUGUGAUGGAAAUAGUGAAGCAGGCCGAUAUACUGCAUAAGCAACAUUGUUGUCGCACUACUCUGUGAGUCUGGUGCAUUUCCUGUUCAGUAAAUUAGUACUUAACAACUUGAUUAUGUACUGUAUUGUUAUCCAGGCAGGUGGAGUGAUAUUUUGUUAUAUCUUUCAUUUCAAGUAACGCACUCAGAACUGGCCUCUUUGGUAGUAAUAACCACUCUACAUAUACUGAUGUUCUCCUUUUUGCCUUUGGUCGUCUUAGUAAUAAUGUUGGCUUUUAUAAUCAACGCGCUGCCUCUCAUUUUCAUGAAUUACUCAACACAUUGUAUUUUAUCUGCAUAUUUUUAUUUUAUAUGAUUGGUUGGCUGUGUCCGGUUUUGUCAUUUGCUUUGGAUUAGUAAUAGGGUUGUUGAAUGUAGCUGUAUUCCUCUUCUUGGUGAGAGAAUGUCACGUCAUUACAGAGUGCAUCAUGUUGUUUCCGUUCGGGUUGGCUUCGUGAAGAGUGCGUGCUUCUUCAACCCAUGUUUCCAUUUGUCCAACAUUUAUUCAAAGAAUUUGCCUAGAAAUGCCUAGAAUCCUUGUUACUCGAAAGGUUUUAGAAAGUCUCAUUUAUGAAACACAAGUGUAAAUUAUUCGUACAACCAUUCAUAAUUGUCCCAUUGAAUAAAAUGCACUAAUUUUUGUAAAAAAAAACAUUCUAAUGUAAAUUGGUGUAAUGAAUCGAAUGCUUUAACAACUGUAAAAUCAUUAUGUAAAUUGUUGCAUUGAAUUGAAUGCGCUAACGUUCUUAACCAUUUUUACAUAAAUUUUUCCUUGAAUCAAAUGCACAAAUUUUUGUGGAACCAUUCUUACCUAAACUGCUACGUUACGUUAAAUGCGCAAAUGUCCGUAACUAUUCUUGCGUAAAUUUGUAAAACUAUUCUAUGGAGCCCCGCACAUGACAUGCAGGAAAUAAAUAGUAGGCUAAAUCGUGCGCACGAUUUACUAAUUCGUUCCCUUGGUUUACUAAAUUGUGUGCACGAUUUAAUAUUUCGUUCCCUCAAUUUAUAAAUCAUGCGCAUGAUUUAUGAAUCUAGGGAACGAAAUAGCAAAUUGUAUGCGCGAUUUAGCAAAUCGGGUGAAUGAAAAAGUAAAUUUUGCGCACAAUUCAACAAAUUGCGGUAACAAAUUAGAAUUAUUGUGCGCCCGAUUUACUUUUUUUCUUGAUGUCAUGUGCGGGGCUCCAUACUAUUCAUAUGUAAAUUGGUGUAACGAAUUGAAUGCGCCAACAAUCGUGAAAUCAUUGUACAUUUUUGCAUUAAAUGUGUUAAAAUUCAUAAACCAUUCUUUUGUUACAUUGAAUUGAAUGCGUGAAAACCAUUGUUGUGUAAAUUAUCGCGUUCAAUCAAAUGCGUUAAUAUUUGUUAAACCAUUCUUACGUAAAUUGUUGCAUUUAAAAUUUAAUACAUAAAUGUUUGUAAAACCAUUUUUACAUAAAUUGUUGCAUUGAAUCGUAUGCGCUAUCAAUCAUAAAACCAUUCCUAUGUAAACUAGCCCCUUGAAUUGCAUGUGCUAAUGUUCACAUUCAAUGCAACCGAACAAUUUACACAUUGGUUGUUCUGCUUGUUCAUGAAUGAGACCCAUUAUUGGCAUAAUCUGAAAAAAGAAAAGAAAAAAAUGUUUUUGUGUUUCCCGUAUUUCAUAUUUAAAGACUGAAUCCUGGCCUUCAUAGGCAAACGAUAACCUUGUUUUUGCCAUGCCUUGUCUUUGUCUAACCUCUAAACGUCUUCUGCAUUGUUUAGUCUCACGGUGAAACCAGACACUGUGAUGGUCCAAACACAGAUGUUUCAGACUGAAGGCACACUAGCAUUUCAGAUGUGUGUUUGUGAGACUGAGAGAACUUGAUCAUACAUUGUUUUCUGAUUGCUGCUGUUCUCUGUGUGAAUGGUGGAGGUAUUGCUCCUUUCUUUACUAGUGUGUAUGCUGUUGGAAGCUUGUGAUGGGGCAUUUGAAAAAAUAUAGUGUUGGGUCAUUGAAAGGGGUCAUUGAAAGAAGUCAUUGAGGCAGAGAUACCAAAAAAUCAUAUCAUCUUUUUUUUUUUUUUUUUUUUUUUUAACAAGCAUGUUUUUUUGUUGAACAGUAAGUCUUUUUCUUAAUUACACAAGGUUAAGGUGGCCAUUAAUGGUCAGGUUAAUUAAAUCUGUCCCUUACCCAAGUCUGUUGGCUCAUGUAGAAAAUCACUUGAGUGUAAUGACUGUAAACUCUUUUGUUUUGAGUUAUUUUGGGAUGUAAUGGGUCACUCAAGAUGUUUAUUCUUCACAUUGAGAAUUUAUAUUUGAUAGCUAUUCAGAUCAUCAUCAUAGAAGGUACUUUGAAAAUCCUCAUCCAUAAAUGAUAUAGUUUGAUAUGUACAGAUGACAGGCUGCACACUACUCAGGUGGGGUGAUGGAUCAGAUGUUUCUAAAUGUGCCUUACUUGGGCGUCAGUAAUCUUGAGUUCUUCAGUGGGCAGUGCUCUGAGCGCGGGGCAUUUGUUUCUCUUUAAGAAGUCUGCACACUACUCAGCGGCCUUAUGAUGAUUUAAUAAAACAAAUGUUAAUGUACUAAAUGUCUCAUGUGUUUUGUGACUGGUGUGUUUUAGAGAUUUGUGCAAUUCUAAUUGAUGUUUUUAAUGACAGACAUUUUUAAAAGAUUGAUUAAACUGCUGCCAUAAACUCUUUACAACCCUCAUAAAAAGAAUAGAGUUAGAUGAUGAUCUUAAAGGGUUAGUUCACCCAAAAAUGAAAAUUCUGUCAUUAAUUACUCAUCCCCUUAAGACCUUCGUUCAUCUUCAUAACACAAAUUAAGAUAUUUUUGUUGAAAUCCGAGAGGUUUCUGAUCUCCCUGUACACAGCAAUGUCAUUCCAAAUUUCAAGCCCCAAAAAGGUAGCAAAGACAUUGUUAAAAUAGUCCAUGUGACUACAGUGGUUCAACCUUAAUUUUAUGAAGCGUCGAGAACAGUGCAGCGCUUACAGGUUCUACGUCAGAUCACUGACUCAUUAUUGACCGGCUUCUGCAUCAGCAUCAGCAUCGACCAAUAAUGAGCCGGAUGUAGAAUGAGUUCUGAUGUAGAACCUAGAAGUGCUGCACUGUGUUUACUACGUCAACAGCGUAGGAGACCGACAGGGAAGAGAAGAAAUUGUUGAAUAAAGUUAUUUUUUUGUUUUUGCACACAAAGUAUUCUCGUCGCUUCAUAACAUUAAGGUUGAACCACUGUAGUCACAUGGACUAUUUUAAUGAUGUCUUUACUACUUUUCUGGGCCUUGAAAUUUGGAAUUUACACAUUGUUGUGUAUAGGGAGAUCAGAAACCUCUCGGAUUUCAUCAAAAUAUAUUGAUUUCCGAAGAUGAACAAAGGUCUUACGGGUUUGGAACGACAUGAGGGUGAGUAAUCUUGGGUUAACCUUCUUUGCUUAUUUAUGAGGUCAGCAGCAUUGAAUGGACAAGUACCACAUGUGAUGUUUUAUCCACUUGUGAUUUGUGGAAAUGUUGCCACAGAUCCAAAUAUGAAAGGCUUCAGUAAACACUUGCCAUAAUUGUUCAACAGCUUUUUCCUGCAGACACAAAUUAUUCUUUAAUUAAGAAUAAUCAAUUCUAGUUUGACAGCUUUAUGAAUGCAUGUAUGUUAAAUGUAUGUUAUUGUGAGAUUGACCCAUCUGUUCAUUUUUUUGUGUUCAUAAUAUUUAAACAAUGCCUGAUGAAUAAAACCAAGCCCCAUCCUGUUUUUCUUUUUUGAUAAUCACAGUAUUAAAGAUUUUCUUUAGCUA